AUGUCGAAAUCUAUUGUCAAGAAAGCUUUAGAAAUAAUUGAUGAUGAUGAUGAAGAAAUAAAAUCCAAAUCCAAAUCCAAAUUAAGUUCAAUUAAAAAGAAAAAGAAAAAAAAUUUAUUAAUAAAUAAUGAUAAAUCAAUAUUUCAAAAUAGAAAACAAUUGGCACAAACAUGUUUAACAUUAAAAAAAAUAUCAAAACCAGUUGUAUCAUCUGAUCAAAUUGAACAAUUAAAUAAUUAUCGAUUUGGUGGUCCAUCUAAACGAAUUUUACAACAGAAAAAGAAAAAAGAAAAAGAAGAAAAUAUUUUUACUGAAGAAGAUUUUAAACGUUUUGAACGAGAAUAUAAUCCACCAUUACAAAAAUCAUAA